GUCUCUGUGCGUGAUAAAUAAUAUGGUAUUAAAUCAAUUUUCUCAGUUACUGUGUUCAUUCAUAAGUUAAAAGUUCGCUAAAGAUGGCUCCCACUUUGUACAUGAUCCCAUUUAGUAGUGCUGCAAGGUCAGUAAUUCUGUGUGCCAAGGCUCUUGGAGUAGAACUUAAUGAGAAACAAGUUGAUCUUCUUAAUAGAGAACAAUUUACACAAGAAUUUCUCAAGUUAAAUCCUCAACAUACUGUACCUGUAUUGGAUGAUGAUGGUUUCGUACUAGUUGACAGUCAUAUAAUUAUGACAUAUUUAGUAGCUAAAUACGGAAAAGAUGACUCUCUUUAUCCAAAAGAUAUUAAAAAGAGGGCGAUUGUGGAUCACAGACUUCACUAUGAUUCAAGUAUUUUGUUUCCUAGAGGAGUUUCAAUUUCUAAAAGUCUUCUCAUCGAAGGUGAGAAAGAGAUUGCCCCUAAAUCAUUAACAGCACUCGAGGAAGCCUAUACUAUCACAGAAAAAUUUUUGGAAAAGAAUAACUAUAUCGCUGGUGACCAACUAACAGUAGCCGAUUUUUCUUUUAUUACUUCCAUUUCCUCAUGGAAUGCGUUUUUCAACUUGAAGGAAGCUAAAUAUCCCAAAAUAGUUGCUUGGAUGAAGAGAAUGCAAGCUCUGCCUUACUACAAGCAAGGAAAUCAAGUUGGUUUGGAUCAGUAUUUUGCAAUUAUGAAAGACAAAGUUCCAAAGUAGAGCACAUCUUGUUUGCUGAUUAUCACUGGAUAUUUUCUUAAAACGUCUAAUUUUUAUUUUUAAAUAUAUUAUUCUCAAUCUAGC